CGGAGAGCACCCACAUCCCGCCUGUCUCCUUAUCACCGGUCGACCAGGCGAUCUGAAGCGUGCCCAUCUCUUCACGUACAUAACCGCUCUCCCGCCGCCUGAGGCAGCGUGCACUCGAACCAAACCCUGCGCUUCAACUUCCCGCUUCGCCCUUCUCCCCCCUCUCUUCCCCCUCUCUGCGUGCGCGAUCCUUCGACUAUCCGCCCCGUCUCCACCAUGCCGCGCGGAACACUCCAACCACUCGAGCUCGCCCCGGAGUGGCUCACAAAUAGCCCUGUCACUGCCGAUGACUUCCGCUGCCUCACCCCCGCCUCGACUAUCUUCCGCAUGUCGUUCGGUGCCAGGAGCCACUCAAAUCCACGCGAGAGCGUAAUGUCCAUGGAAAGCGACGAUGAAGAAUCCGAUGCGAGCACAUUUCUCUGGGACGAUGAGGAGAGCGAGUCCGAGGACGAUACGGACACGAUCGAAGAGCCUGAGCCCACUCCGGUCGUGCAGAAUCCCGAGCCCUCUCCCCAACCCCAAGCCCUUCCAAUACCUGCACACUCGCGCGCACCAUCAACGGAGUCCCUCGGCAAACGCAAAGAUCGCGCGAUAGAUUUCCGCCUGCCAUGGUUCAUGCAGGUAGACCCUGUGUGCUUGGCCACGCUCGAUGACCAGUUGUUGCAAUCCCCCAUGGACGCCUUCGCGGACCUGUGCUAUGCCCAGGCGGUGCGCGCCUCCGACAUCCCCACCGGCGAGGAACCAACUGGACACAGCUACGGCUACUCGUGGCGACGCCUCAGUCGCCUACUCUCCGCGUGCCCGGACGUAACACAAGCCGCGCUUGGGCUUGAUGGCCCUAGAUCGGAGCCGGAACGGGAGAGCGAGUCGGAGAGCGACACGGACUCGGAGCAGCUGGCGUCGCCCGAGCAGCAUGCGCCAGCGCCCGGCUGGGGGUUCAGUGUGUACCAGCCCAAAUCGGAGCGGGAGCAAUCGGAGAGUCCCUACAGGCCAUACACCUCACAAACGCUCAUCGCGAAGCCGCUCCCUGCCCUGCCCGCCUACGAGCCCGAGCCCGAAGCCCCUCGUACACCCCCAUCUUGCUCUCCACCGCCCCUGCGCCCGUCAGACGCGGUCACACAGGCGCAGCUCGCGUUCCUGUUUGCGGGAUCCCCGCCGCGUGCAGGGGAGAGCGUGCACUUCUUCCCGACGAAGGAGCAUCAGCCACCGAAGAGGGGCAGAAGCAGACGCGGAACGCUGCGCAUCUCCACCUCCACCACCGCUGCAGAUGGCGGUGGUGGUGGCAGCGGCACCACCACGCCUUGGAGCCCGCGCUUAGGCAUCUUCCAGCGUGGUUUGGCUGGCCUGCGCGCAGGUCUGUCGCACUAGUGCGUUGCGCGCAUGCGUCCCCCUCCAUACGAAUCAGCGCAUCAGCGGCGCUCUGCGAUUACAGCAGGCGCGCGCUGCAACAUGCGACUCGUUUCGUUCUCUGUGCCGACGAGGCAGCGCCUUCCCACAGGCCUCACCCU